CGUGUCUCCCCUGUUAACAGUCAUAGAGUACGUGCCUAAACUAACAUGGCAGGCAACGGGACAGAGGAAAAUUAGAGCAGUUUUCUUGGCGAUCCGUGUGAAACCAUGACCAUCGGCAUGACGGCGUGGAAGGAAAGGUUCGAGAAAAGCCAGGUGAUCCCACCGCACUGCCAGAGAACCCGCCUGGCUCAGGAGAACUCCGAGGGCUUCCAGAUCAUCCUUCAGCACUUGGAAGGAAUGCCAGUUAGACAGAGACUCCUGGAGGGGCUUCAGGGUGUGCAGUACCAGCUCCGUGUUUCCCUCUUCGAUAUCACCCACCGGCAUGUCUUUGGAAGGACGUGGAGGAGCUCAGAGCAACAAAUGAAGACACCCCAAGGCCAGCCAUACAGGGUUUCUUUUAACGAGGUACUUUACUUCCACACUUCCCUCAGGCACCCCAGUGUGGUGGCCAUUGUGGAGGUGGUUGCCGUGGUACCGAAAGCGGAUAGCUCACAUCAGGCUCUAGGCUGUGGGUUUGGCAUCUUGCGGCUCUUCUCCAGCCAGACAGAGCCAGGGGAGACUUCUGCUGCCAAACAGGACAAAAGGUUGAAUCUUUAUCAUGGGACACCCAGGGUCUUGCUUCAUCCUGCACUACAUGACCCCUUUGAACAAAACAGUUAUGUGAAAGUAAUCCAGGGGGCUCAUGUUCGGUACUCCCUGCAGUCCCACCCAGCGAUGGAGACCAUAAUGCACCUUCUACCCCAGAACAUACUGGUGUCCAGGACAGAGGACAUUCCAGGAGUGGCACCAGCUUCUGACAACUCAGGUGACUGCUUGCGGAAGCCUCGCUUGUUAAAAAGCUUCACAUGCUACCUGGACAAGCUUUCUGUAAUUCUCCACCCAUCCACAGAGAAGUUUGAGGAGGACCUCCUGCAGCUUCUCAACAUAGACCGGCUGAACAGGGAGAACUCUGGCCCGGAUGGCAAUGAGGUCGUGGUCCUGGAGCGCCGUCUGCACGUUGGCAUUCAUAACGGUUGGGGCUUCCUGCACAGGCCACAGGUGGUGGUCCUAGACCCCGAGCCGGAGGAAGCCAGGGGCGGGACUGGAAGCUUCAGAGGGAGACAGGGCUCUCUGACCAAGCUCAGCUCAUCUGUGCGGCACGCCCUUGUGCUCAGGAGCUACCUGCCGCUGAAGGGGAUGGUGAAUCAUCCUGCCUUCAGCAUCGUCUUCCAGCUCGAGUACGUUUUCUCGGCUCCCGUUGGCGGUGAAGGAAAAGCAUCCUCCACCACCUUGUUUUCUCACACGGCUUUUAUGCAGUGCCUUCGCUGGGCUGUGUGGAGCCCAUUUGUGGAGCCUGGCAGUGGUGCCAACUCUGAAGUCAGCCUAGCUCUGCAGGGGGGAAGUGAGCCUAACCCUAGCGGUGUCAUGGUGUACAGAGCGCCCUCCACUGGCAUGAGCUCUGCUGAGAUGGAAGAAGUGGAGGGCGGCACUCUGCGGUUCAGGUUUUCAGUUCGAACGGAUGGCCGUGAGCCCAGUCCCAUUAGGUCUGUUGGGAGUGGCCUAGACGAAGUGUCCCGUCAGAGGAAACCCCCUUCUCCUUCACGCCGCCGAAGUGCUUCUCAGCCCCACACUUCCCCUCCAAGAUCGCCUCAGGGCUCUGGUAUGUCCAUGUCUCGGAUCUCCAUGUCUCCCCGCUACCCAACCAUCAGCCAUUCUACAGCAUCUCCAUGGCAACAACAGAUUCCCUGUCAGCUCUUGCCUUCCCCGAUAGCAGCAGCCUACCAGCUGUCACAUGCUGAGCUGCCGUUUGCCAGCAGUAUUGCCCACCUGGAGGCUGACCUCAGCCUGCCAGCUCCACAGCCCCAGUCCCCCAGCGCAGAGCAGCUCCAGGAGCUGCCUUUCACCCCCGUUCACGCACCCAUCGUCGCCCUGGGAACGCAGAUGCCGAGUGCCCAAAUUUCGAGAGGGGCCUUGGCUCUGCUCCACUCUGUUGGGUUCCCAGAUGUCCGAGACUGUAAUAGCCAGGUGGCUGAGGUAGUAGACCCCUCUGACCCGGUCAACUUUGACCCCCAGAGAGAGGAAGCUGAUUUCUUCCAGUACAAUGAGAUCAUCCUCCAGUUUCUUGCCUUCUCCAGAGUGCCUGAGGUGGGGGUGAAGUCGGAUUGGCCACACUCAGUUUAUUUCACCUUCCAGCUGUACCGCUUUCCUCCUGUGUCAACCCAGAGACUUCAGCUGCUCGAUGUGGAUGGAUCACAGAGGACAUCCAGAGAGCCAGCCCCCUGUGUUCUAGCUGUUAUUAACAAGGAUGGCAUAAUUAACUCUGAGUCCCCUGGCCUGCAGCUGAAGUACCUUUUAGACCCGGGCUUUCUGAAGCCAGGAGAGAAGCAGUGGUUCCUUCGCUACCUGGCCAUUCACACCCUUCACAUUGACGUCUGGGAUGCAGAAUCGCUGCUCCUGAUUGGCUCCUCGGCUGUGGAGCUCAAGCAUUUACUGCGGCAAGGAAGGCCUGCCGUCCAAGUAAUGCAUGAGCUGGAGGUGAUCACAACAGACUAUUUCCAGGACUCCAUGGCUUUAAGCAGCAAUAUUUCUCAACAUGGCAGCAUAAAGCCAAUUGAAGUCUCCACAGUUGUUAGAGGUAGACUGCAUCUGCGCUUGGGAAACAUAGGGCACCAUGUAAACCUGAAAGCAAGGAGGACUGGGACUCUGCCUCCCUCACAGUCACGUGUCGUGUCAGCCCAUGAUGGCACCAGUGGCUUUGCUGGUGGCAGCCUUUCUUCCAAGAGCCUCUGCAGUCUCAACGGUCAGAAUGGUUGCCAUUUUGAGAUAAAGAACUCCUCCCGUGCCCAGAGACUAGUGGAUACUGACAGCGAGCUGGCUGCCCUCUUGCACAGCCGAAUGAAGGAGGCAAGCAUUGCUCUGAGGCACGCUGACCCGGAGCUGGACGAGAUCCGUCAGCGCAAGUUGGAGCGGAUGAUGGAAGUUCGCCGUUAUGAGAGAGAGGGUCAGAUCAGUGAGACGAAGCCCUACACCAUGACCCGCAGAGAGGAGCGAGUUCAGCACUCUCAGGAUCUGCAGAUAAUUGAAGCAUACCGAGAGCGGAGCAAAGUAGAGAGCAUCACUAACAUGCUGAGCAAAGCCAUUACCAUCCAGCACAUUGUCUACGCCACUCUGGGUACAGCUGAGUUCUUUGAGUUUGCCUUGAAAAAUCCCUUCAACGUGCAGCAGACCAUCACCAUCGAGUGUGAGGACAAAGAGCUCAGUGUUAUUGUGGACUCAAGGGAAUGGAGGCAUUUUAAAGACCUGACAAAAACUCUGACUCCCUUGGAAGACGACAUGUUUCACCUCCAAGAAAACACUCUGAAGCUCCAGGUCUACCUUCGCCCCAACGAGACUGUCCACAUUCCUUUCAAAUACCAGACCUUCACUGCAGACCACACCGCUACGAUGCAGGGACCAACAGAUGCACGUCUGAAUAGGAGUGCCAAUGUUACACAAAAUCAGCAGGCAAAAACAGUUCAGCCAAAGAUAAUUAAAGUCACGUUCAGAGCUGAGGACAGUAAGCCGCUGGCUCUAUGCCAAGUGAAUGUAGAACCCACGCCACACGUUAUUGAUCAGACCUUUCGAUUUUACCAACCCGAGCUGUCUUUCCUGAAGAAGUCAAUUCGCCUUCCCCCAUGGCACACUGUGCCAGGGUUGACAGUUGGGGGACAAGGAGGGGAGCCCCAAGUGUAUGUUCGCUGUAGCGACCCUAAUAUCAUCUGUGACACUAAAAAGAUGGCUCCUGGGGAACCGCAGGAUGUUUUUUUGAAAGUGGCAGUAGGUCCGAGCCCGCAAAUAAAGAAAUUUUUCGUCAUGAUUUACACGGACCCAUGGCUGGCUGUUCCUGUUCAGAUCUGGCAGCUCUAUGUUCAUUCGCUGCAGCGAGUGGAUGUCAGCUGCCUGACUGGGCAGCUCACUGGGCUGUCGCUGGUCCUCCGAGGGACCCAGGCUGUCAGGAAGGUGAAGUGCUACACGUCUCAUCCCCACGAGCUUCAGAUUGACCCAGCGGAAGUGUUUGUUCUUCCCCCAAAUGCAGUCCAGGACCUCCAGAUAGGUGUGCGGCCACAGAGAGCUGGCAGCAAGUUCAUCUACCUGAACGUGGUUGAUGUAGAGUUUCAUCAGCUUGUGGCCUCCUGGUUGGUCUGCGUGUCCUGUAAACAGCCCUUUAUAUCAAAGGCCUUUGAAAUUUCACUCCCAGUGGGAGGGGGAAAGGGCAGCAACAAGAAAAUUACCUACACCAAUCCUUAUCCCUCCCAGAGAGCCUUCUUCCUGCACACUAACCGCCCAGACCUGCUUCAGUUCAAAGAGGACACUUUUGAGACUGGAGCUGGGGAGGUAUACACCAUUGGCCUUCGCUUUGCACCCAGCCAGAGUGCAGGAGUCGAGGAGAUUCUCAUCUUCAUCAAUGACCAGCAAGACAAGAAUGAGGAGACGUUCUGUGUGAAGGUGGUAUAUCAGUGAGCCCUUGUCAACGCCCACGGCCCACUGCAAGCUGGCAGCAAAGACGUGUUGUGAAACCCAGCUCCAGUCCAUCAAUGUCAUCCUUCAUGCAAGCAGCACAGAGCACUUUACAAACUAAUAAACUCAUGUCUGCAAAGAUUCAUCAAAAUAGGCCUAGAAUUCAAAAUGCUGACAGUUUCUGCCACAUUGAGUUUCUUCCGAUGAAAGAGGUACAACUGAAAUGUUCCUGGUGCCUAACAAACUGUAGCCCCUGUCUAUUUAUAAUCUAGGGUCCAUACGGCCAUGGUUAUCUAACACAGGAAAGUAAGGUUUCACAGUCCCAUGAGAAAAUGUGUGCCGAAUACCAGAGUGUUGAGCUGAUAUUCCUUUCGUGAACUAACUUAAUUUAUUUAGCGUAUGAAGUAUUUUAUAGCUGUUUUACACAGAACCUGGCCAUCAAAUAACUUAGAGAUUUGCAGUGACUAGAAGAAGACUGCACUACAAUGUCCAGCAGCCCAUUCUGUUCCAAAGGAAGGUUAUAGUCCUACGGAGGACAAAAUGCUCAUUCUACACGUGAGGUUUGAACCACUACUUUCACAGAGGGUCCCAAAGUAUAAGGCACAAAACAUGAAAUCAAUGAUUACUAUUUUUAAUACAUCAAUUUACUGUCACAUCAGACUUUGUACAAGACAGCAGUUUAGAUGGUGAAAAGCGUUUUCAAGUGGAUUUCCUGUGACACUGCAUAUUCCUUUUAGCACAUAGUAGAAGCAGGUUUGAAAAUGGUAAUGUAGAGUACUGUCUCACAUACUAGAAUAAAUAUUCUGAAAAGCAGCUGUGAUAUCGUUCUCAAAAAGCAUUUAAAGAAUUAUGUCACCUUAAUUUUCUGCUACAGAAGGGGCAAAAAAGAAGAAAAUAAAUUUUCUUCCUGGUCUUUUACAUUUCUGUAGCAUUUCGGAAUGAUGUAACACAUACACAUUUUUACAGCUGAAGCGGAAAGUUUUAUGUUGUAUUCAAGGUUUUAAUGAUUAAAACAUAAUUUGUUUCAUGACAUUUUGGACAAACAUCCUUCUUCUGCUGCUGAAGAAGAAAUAUAAUCACAGUACAGUAAACUAGUUCAAAACAUUCUGUGCUCGUCAGAAUAGGAGAAGAUUCAUUCCUAAUUCUCCAGUAUGAAGAUCAGUUCUUUCUCCUUUUGUCUGCAGGAAGCAUUUGUUCAAUAACACUGAUUUGCUCCACAGAUGGUUAAUGUCUUCAGCAUUAUGAAUAUUGUUACCAAAGUGUCAGCAGCUGGAAAUUUUUUGGUAUGAAUUUGAAAGUUUUGUACAGUUUCCGCAUAAAAACCCUCAGUUAAUCUUUUAGGUUUAGAUUUAGUUGCAUUUUUACAUGACAUUAACCGUUUUUUACACAGGAACAUGAUGUGUAAAGGACAAAUAGCAAUCAAUGGUAUAAAGCUGUGUUGAGAUUGAUAUAUUUGCAAGUAGUAUAUUUUAGUAUAUUGCAUGGAAAAUUACCUAUUUAAAAGCUCUUCAAAAGGAUGAAUCUCACUGUGGACUGUGAAAAGAACUUAAAGUUAUUUUCCUUUCUAUAUGAAAUUAGCAGGGUGUGGUGUGUUAGAAUGGCUCCUGCAGAUGAAACUUGAGAAAUGUAGUCCAGUUUCUGUGCACAAUUAUUUGUGCUUUAUCAGUACGUGGGGUGGUGGUUGAGGACAUGAAAUUCUGUUGUCUGUGAUUUUUUUGCUGUAGGUUCAUGCAUUCUCUCUACCUAUGACAAAAAUUGCCCAAAGUAUUUUCUGUUGUUUGUAUUGUAGAAAAUCAAGAGAUGCUGCAAAAAGACAGGCAUGUAAAUGUUGUGUACAACAUAAUACCUCCCUUUAUUUUUCAUUCAUUUGUACAGUGCAGGGCAACCACCUUGAAAAACUAUACAUAGCAAAAUGGUCAAUUAUAUUAAGUAUAAUAAGUCUAUAGUAAGAAAAAAUGAACUGUUGUGAAAGAUAAUUAGGCAAACUGCAAUGUGAUUUUCAGUGGGCAAAUGUAGCUCUCAUUACUGAAUGGCUCAUAAGAUUUCCCAGGUACAGAUUGUUUCUCUAAGAGCUUUUGCAGUAAAUACUGUCAACAACCUUGGGCUUAUAUAACUCUGCAUUAAUACAGUCUUUCUUAUUAAGAUUCUGGAAGAGAAAAUCAUUUGGUGUUAAAACAUGUACAGUAUAUGAUACAUACUGUAUACACAAUCACUAUCCAUCUAAACCUUAUCAAAACAAACAAAUGCGUGCAUAAAAAUGCUUCCCUUGCAUAAUUAUAACAUAAAAACUGUUCUGUUGUAUCAACCUCUCCUCACAGUGAGACAAACAACAAUAGAGCUGUGGGUAUCCUUAAGCAGCUUCUCACUAUUCCAAAUGCUGGUUUAAUGCAUUCCUGUGCUUUAUGCUAAUUUUAGCUUGUUUUGACAGUUAUCGAAACAGAGAAAAAGAAAUAUACACAGAACAACUGAACCUUAACCAGAGCCAAGUAAAACCCAGCACUUGGUACUGUUACAUUUAUGAGUUUUAAAAGGUGUUCAGGUAAAUUUAAUCAGACAGCACAGCUACUGGAAGCAAUCACUGGUGCCUAAGAUCACUGUAGAAGCUGCAUGUCCUUCAGGAACUUCAUUCUAGCAGAGACCCAGGGCUUGUGCAUGCUGGUAAAAAGCAAUAAAGACGAGCGCCAGACACAAACCAGUCAUUCUUCCAUCCAGGGUUACAGUGGAGGAUAUUGUCGGUGUCGGGCUCAACUUAUAAGUUCGGGAUCAUCAGAGAAACAAGAAGGGGUGCUACGAGAAAGCAACAAGCAAGCCAUAUUCUCAGCUCCUCUAGAACGAUUGCUACUAUUUCAGUAAUCAAACAAAUCAAAGCAGUACAACACUGGUAAGGCUGCUUCAUUGGACAAUAUAUCUAUAUUGUGAUGCUUAAACACGAUAUGUGUACACAGCUUUUGCAAUGAUUGAAAAAUGAGGGUAUUUUCAGAAUUAAAGGAAACUAAACCAAACUUUUAAAGGGAGACCUCUUCCCCUUGAAUUUUACUUCUAAAGAGAAAGGAAAAAACACUUUAUUAAAGCUCUUUGCUGGUCCAAGGUUGGUGUGCAUUAAUGUGCACACUCUCCAUGCUGUUAUUUGGAAUUACUGACAUUUUAAAACUGCUGCCUCUGAAAAUAAAACGAUCUAGAUUUAAUACACCACACAUUCACAGGACCAACUCUUCCCGUGCAAAUAAUUGUGAAUAUACUGUAUACAGUUAAUAAAGUUUACAAUAAAUUUGAUUUCACACUGAUGCUCAGCAGGUGGCAGUCUGGUACUUGAAAUUGCCUUACAGUGGAUUUCAUUGCUGGAUGACAAAGGGAUUAUCAGUGAACUAUAUCCACUUCAAAAAGGUUUAUCUCAAAAUGGACGAUGAAUGUAUUUUAUUUGAAAUAUGUGAUUUUGUGCUGUUAUUUUUGAGUAAAAUAUAUGUAAUGACUAUAAAAUGAUUCAGUCAUUCAUUUUAAAAAAUUCAUUGCAGAGUAAAUGUUUGUAUGCCCAUUAUUUUUAAUGUGUAUUGUUAUAAGUGUAUUAGUAUAUCUAUGAAAUAAAUAGUGAAAUAAAUUUGAUAUAUUACCUCAA